AUGGAUGCCACCGAGAUCUCUUUUGCGAUGUUGUUUCUUUUACAGAUCAGCACUGGAGUCUCAGUGAAUGGAUUCCUUCUCCUUUUCUAUGCUCACUUGGUCUCUGUCAGCCCCAAAUUCAGUUCCUCUGAUGUGAUCCUCACCCAGCUGGCCUUGGCCAACACCAUAGUUCUGCUCACCCUCGGAAUCCCAGAGACCAUUUCUGCCUGGGGAUGGAAAAAUUUCCUAGACGAUGCAGGAUGUAAGAUCCUCAAUUAUUGGUAUCGUGUGGCCCGGGGCCUGGCCAUCUGCACCACCUGCCUCCUGAGUGUCUUCCAAGCCAUCACCAUCAGUCCCGGCACCUCCCGCUGGGCAGGAGUCAAAGCCAGAUUACCCAGGUGCAUCAUCCCCUGCUGCCUCCUCUCCUGGUUCCUCAAUCUGCUCAUAGAGUUUGAUACCCUGAUGAACAUGACAGGUCCUCAGAACAGCAACAGUGUUCAAAUCAUGUUGGAUCUCAAAUACUGCACAAAAGUCAGUUAUAGUGCAGAAAUCAACAUGGUAAUCGCAGUCAUCUUCUCUGUCCGAGAUCUGUUCUUUGUGGGGCUCAUGAGUGUGACCAGCAGCUACAUGGUCUUCGUCCUGCGCAGACACCACCGGCAGGUCCAGCACCUUCAUCGGCCAGACCGCCCCCCCGGGGCGAUGCCCGAGGUCAGAGCAGCCAAGAGGGUCAUUGCAUUGGUGACUCUCUAUGUCCUCCUCUAUGGACGACAGUCCAUCAUGCUGAGUAUCAUAAUACAUAUGAAAGAAAAGCCUUAUCUGCUGCUGAGAAGUCAUGAAGUGCUGUCAUUCACCUUCUCUUUCAUUAGUCCGUUCUUGCUGAUUCACAGUGACAGGAGAAUAAAGACAUUCUGGAAAAAGGAGUCAUCUGUUACCCACACAGAUCCUUCAUAG